GUGCCAUUACAGACUCCCUCCCGUGCACCCGCACACCCAUCACCUCUGGCUGAACAGCCUGAAUUCACGAAGAAGAAAGAACUUCUAAGUGCAGAACAGAAGCGGAAUAAUCAUCUUCAAUGCGAACAGAAACGUCGUUCUGCACAGAAAGCAGCGUUUGACGCACUCGCUACAAUAAUGGCAGACGAGAAUCCAAAUCUGGGGGCAACCAGUAGUAGCAGCAGGAGUAAAACUAGAAGCAAAUCGGCCAAUACUAGUAAAGGAGUCUUGCUAUCUAAGGCAGUCUCGCUUAUACGUUGGUUAGAACGUACAAAUGCAGCACUUAAGAAGGAAAUCGAUAAAUGGGAGCAGAGUGCUGCUAUG